AUGGAUCAGAAAUCCGGGGAUUACAGAGAUGCUAUCGCUGCUCAACUAGCAGCCAUAGGAGCGCGACUGGAUUCAAUUUUUGUAGCCAUGAAGAAUGAUGUUGAAACAAUCAAGACCCAGAUGUUUGGAACAUCCGCUAUCAUGGUACAUUCUAGAUCAGCGAUUGAUCCUAUCAUCCCUACUCACAUUGCUCAUCCUAAACAUAAUUUAGAACCCGAGGAUGAACCUCAAGGCCUAUUGACAAAUCUGGUCAAGGGGACCAUACCAUCCUCACCGUCAUUUUCCGCCCCUACACCACCAUCUCCUCUAGCACAACCCCCAACAGUAACAUCUCAACCACCUACUUCUGCCACCCCACCACAUAUUACCGUUGAAUUGCCACCAAAGCACAUCGCUACCUACACUUCUCCUUGCCUCACUUCGUCCUCAAACAAACCUCCACCAUCACCAACAAUCACACCUGUUCUACAAGUACCCUCCCCCGUGUUGUUUACAACCACGCCCAUACAAGGGACAAACUUUCGCAGCUCUUGUACCACCGAUCGCAUCACUGUCAACUUCAACCAGGUGUCAAAAUGA